AGCCCCGCCCCGCUCCGUCGCGGCCAUGGCGGAGCGGCCCCGCUGAGCGCUGAGCCCAUGGCGGUUCCCGGCGCGGCUCCGUCGCGGCUGGCGCUGGCCUUGGCCGCCUUGGCAGCGCUGGCCGCCGUUAAGUACUACCGAGACGCCGAGGCCGCCCGGCAGCAGGAGCUGGCGCUGAAGUCUUUGGGCAGCGAGGGGCUGUUUCUCUUUUCUUCUCUGGACACAAACAACGAUCUGUACCUCAGUCCAGAGGAGUUCAAGCCAAUAGCUGAGAAGCUGACAGGAGUUACUCCGGUCUCGGACUUUGAAGAGGAUGCACCUGAUCCAAAUGGGGAGACGUUGUCCAUUGUGGCUAAAUUCCAGCCUUUGGUCAUGGAAACGAUGACAAAGAGCAAAGAUGGUUUCUUGGGAAUCUCUCACGUUGCUCUUUCUGGGCUGAGGAAUUGGACUGCUCCUGUAUCCCCUAAGAGUGUGAUGCUUGCCAGGCAGUUUAAAGCCUUUCUUCCUCCGAAGAAUAAACUUGAUCUGGGUGAUCCGUGGUGGAUAAUUCCUAGUGAACUGAACAUCUUCACUGGAUAUCUUUCCAACAACAGGUUUUACCCUCCACCUCCCAAAGGCAAAGAGAUCAUAAUCCACAGGCUUCUGAGCAUGUUCCACCCGCGCCCCUUCGUCAAAACCCGCUUUGCUCCCCAAGGAUCCGUGGCCUGUAUCCAAGCCAUCAGCACCUACUACUAUACCAUAGCGUUCAGGAUCCAUGCUGAGUUCCAGCUGAAUGAGCCACCAGACUUCCCCUUCUGGUUUUCCCCAGGCCAGUUUACGGGUUACAUCGUCCUCUCCAAGGAUUCUUCCCAUGUGCGAGAGUUCAAGCUCUUCGUCCCUAACAAGAGGUCUCUGAAUGUUGAUAUGGAGUGGCUGUAUGGGGCGAGUGAAGGCAGCAACAUGGAGGUGGAUAUAGGUUACCUGCCUCAGAUGGAGCUGGAAUCCACAGGGCCCUCGGUCCCCUCUGUGAUAUAUGAUGAGAACGGAAAUGUGAUUGACAGCAGGGAUCCCUCAGGGGAGCCUAUUCAGUUUGUGUUUGAAGAGAUAACCUGGCAGCAGGAAAUCCCCUGGGAAGAGGCAGCCCAGAAGCUGGAAGUGGCCAUGUAUCCAUUUAAGAAGGUCUCCUAUCUUCCCUUCACAGAAGCUUUUGAGAGAGCAAAAGCAGAAAAGAAACUGGUGCACUCGAUCCUGCUGUGGGGUGCCCUGGAUGACCAGUCCUGCUGAGGUUCAGGGCGAACUCUCCGGGAGACUGUCCUGGAAAGUUCGCCCAUCCUCGCCCUGCUGAAUGAGAGUUUCAUUAGCAGCUGGUCACUUGUAAAGGAGCUGGAAGAGCUGCAGACAAACAGGGAGAAUGAGUUCUACAGCAAGCUGGCUGACUUGCACCUUGAAAAAUACAACUUCCCUGUGGAGAUGAUCAUCUGCCUCCCCAAUGGCACGGUGAUUCACCAUAUCAAUGCCAACUACUUCCUGGAUAUUACUUCUAUGAAGCCUGAAGAUGUUGAAAGUAGUAUCUUUAGUUUCUCAGCCAAUUUUGAUGACCCUUCUACUGCAACUUACCUCCAGUUUCUGAAGGAAGGACUGCAAAGAGCAAAAGCUUACUUGCAGAACUAAAACCAAAGGCACCCAAAUGCCUCAUGGAGUUGGCCAAACACUUCAGACGUCUAUUUUGAUUGCAGCAGUUCUUUCUCAUCUUCAUGCCAUGCACUGAUGUUAAGAUGCAGACAAUUCCAGGACUGGGGCUUUUCUGUGGAUGAUCUGGAGAUGUUGGUUUAAGGCUAAACUUUCAAGUGAUACCAGUUUAUGUCAUCUGCCCAUUCGAGUUCAGGCAAGUUUUUACAGGAGUGAAAAUACUUGGAUCUAUAAACAUUCUUUGUGCAUACACCUUGCCACCCACCCUCAUAUUCUUCCACCUCUUGUUCAGACUCUGGGAUGAAACUCUUUUUUACAGCCAUACCAAGCAUUGCCAGGAAACAUCUGAUCUCAAGGGCUGGACUGUGUGUUGAGUUACAGAGAACAGCACUGCUGUGAUGACCGAACACUCGUGAUGCACACCUGUGCUGUGUGGGCAAAUGCACAGAAUCCAGUGUGGACAGCAAGCUCUUCCCUGGGCAGCUGGUGGGCACUGUGCUUCCUGCCAGCAGCACUGAGCUGUAAGCUGCUCUGUGGCGUGGAUCCCAGUUCUUUGUGAUAGCAUUAUUGACAGCAGUGGCAACCUGUGUGUAAUAGGAUUGUAGCUGAUAAUGUGUAGGCAUGGAAGUAGGAAGAUCUAGCUGCAGGCUUGAUCUCUGAAGUAGCCUCCUCCCAGCUUCCUGGAUGCCUGGGACAGUGAUCCUGAGUGAUGUGGUGCAAGAGCUGUAUCAGUCACAAUGUUUGCAGCUGAUGGAGAUGGUGGGGUUGAUGUGGUGCAAUUGGGAGUGGAGAAUGGGGCAUUAUGGUGCAGCUUAGAGAUGUUAGGUAUGGAUUAAUUUGGGGGGAUUAAGGGCCAAGGCUCUGGCAGUGAGCUCCACCUGUUGUAGGGUGUGCCUACAGGCUAUGGGACACUGUAAUGAGCUGUGCCCCCAUCCUAUUUAGACCAAAGCUACUCCCACCCCACCUGUUUUGAGAGCUUUGUUCUCCCAGUGUGUCAUCAGUGGUGACAAAAUACUCAGUGCAUGUUUGAUGUGAUUUUUCCAAGUCAUACUGAAUAAUGGACCGUGAUUAAGUCCCCUUUAGGAAGGGGAGAUUCAGCCUUAUCCUGAGAGCACUGAGUGGUUUAGAAUGGACCAGUUUUAAAGAAACUGUCAGGAGCCUUUCCCAAGGAAGGAACUGUUUGACCAGAGUGCCAAUUGCUCUUACCUGUAAACAUCCUGAGCAGUUGUUCCUCCUCUGUACCAAUGGCUGACUGCACAGUGAGUGAAAUUUGGGGAAGGGAGGGUAAAUGAAAUGGUGUUUUAAGCACAUUCCUAGAGAUAGGUGAGACAAAGCAUCUUCAAAAGAUGGCUGCAAGCAGCUCUUUCUAUUGAUGCUUUUUCUGCUCUCUGAAGCACAAUUUUGUUGAACCAAAUCCAAAGUUGGGGGAAAGCCUCUUUUUUUUCUGAGGGGGGGGGACUUUUAUUCUGGACAUCAGGACCUGGAAGGGAUGCUUGGGGUCAUGAUUCACAGAACCACAGAAUGGAUAAGGUUGGAAGGGAUCUCUGGAGCUCAUCAGGCUGAGUUCAGACGGAUCUUUGAGCGACUCAGCGUAGCUUUGCUAAUUGCUCUAAGUGAGAUUAAUUACCUGUGGGAUGUUUCUUAGUACUGGCUUUUUAACUAUGCAUUAGCUCUGCACUUUACUAGCCCUUCAAGUGGCCUGCAGUAAUUACAGGCUUGGAUUACAUACAGGCUGUGCUUUCAGUGGUGGCCGUGGAAAGUGUCAAAGCCUCCAGACAGUGUUACAGAGACCAAGCUCCUGUCACCAUGGCAGUCUCAGCACCCUCUGUCCCUUCUGGGGACUUUGGACUGAGCCAAGAGCGACAGAGCAGAGUGCCCAUCUCCAUCCAGCACCUUGGGAAGCAUUGCUUUAGUGUUACCUGCCCUUAUGGCUUUUACAGAGGAGGGUUUUUGUUCAUUUCUCACUUUUUGUUAGCCUCUUGGUCUCGGGCUGCAGACUUCAAAGCAGCACACGUGUAUUCAUUCCAUUAAUUUCUCUUUUGACUGGUUUUGCAGCAGAAGGGGUCAGAGAGCAGUAGCUGAGCACUCAGGGGUUGUCUUCUCAAGGUGUGGAGAACCAGGUACAGGAGCAGUUCUGCAAGGCUAGGGAGCAGCAGGCAGAGGAGGGACCGGAGCCCCUCUCCCUGGUGCUGUGAGCACAGCAAGAAGGGGAUUCAGCUGAGCUGAAGCAAGAGGAGCCCAAACAGCCGUCCUUAGCCUGGAUUCAGCCGUGUCCUCAUUAACUCAUGAACCACAAAACAUCCCAAUCAACCCAUCAUCUUCCAUCUACUGCUGUGAGUGGGCUCUGGACAGAAACUGUUAUCUAAGGACUUUUUUUUUUAUACUAUCUGCCAAGCGUUUUCUCUUACAUUUGUAAUCUUACUAUAUUUUUCAGUAAGCUUGUGAUAUUCCAAAGGGGGAGGGCGAUGCUGCUUCUCACGGUCUCCUGUGCUUCGUGACGCUCUGGCCUUAAAUCCACAAGCGGGUCAGGGCUGAUGUCUGACAGCAGCACUACGUGGGAAAGCAGCGCUGCUCCGCCUCUGGGUCUGCGUGCGCCGGUGCCGUUCGGUGUGACGGGCUGUCCGGGCCGUUUGUAGCCGCGCUAGUUAAACCGAUCCCACCACCUCA